CCAUAUUAGUGGAUGAUUUUUUCCUUUAAAUAUGGAUGAGACUCUAUGUGUGUGUUCAAUGUAUAUCAUCAUCAUCUUUUGAAGACAUGAGUUUUGUAUUUAAGUUUGCGAAACUAGUUUUAGUUUCUUGUCUUGUCCAUUCAUUAGCGAUUGAGGCAGCAGCAAGUCAUGGACCUUGGUCGCGUUCAAGAGUAGAAUACACUGCGUAUCAUAAUGAUCUUGUUACAGAUUUACCAACUCAAGCCUUUGCUGAUUUCAGACAUUAUGCUGGUUAUGUCACGGUCGAGGAAAAGAAUGGCAGGGCUCUUUUUUACUGGUUUUACGAGGCUUCAAGCCAACCUGAGAAGAAACCUUUGGUCCUUUGGUUAAACGGAGGUCCUGGUUGUUCUUCUGUUGGAUAUGGAGCAACACAAGAGAUUGGUCCUUUCAUUGUGGAUAAAGAUGGAACUGGAAUCAAGUCCAAUCCUUACUCAUGGAAUAGAGAAGCAAACAUGUUAUUUCUAGAAUCCCCAGUUGGAGUUGGUUUUUCUUACUCCAAUACAUCGUCCGAUUAUAGCCAGCUUGGAGAUGAUUUCACAGCCAAUGAUUCAUAUAACUUCCUCCAAAAAUGGUUCCUCAAGUUCCCAUCAUAUCAAAACCGGAGUUUCUACAUUGCUGGAGAAAGUUAUGCAGGCAAGUAUGUUCCUGAACUGGCCGAGUUAAUUUAUGACAUGAAAAAGAAAAAUCCUUCGGUGUAUAUUGAUCUAAAAGGUUUCUUGUUGGGAAACCCUGAAACAUCAAAUGCUGAAGAUUGGCAAGGUCUGGUGGAUUAUGCUUGGAGUCAUGCUAUAGUUUCUGAGGAAACCCACAAAACUAUACUUCAAAACUGUGAUUUUAAAAGAAAUGAUACGUGGGAUAAUAAAAAAUGUACUAAUGCUGUAGACGAAGUAUUCACUCAGUAUAAAGUGAUUGAUAUAUAUAGUAUAUACACUCCAGCUUGUACCACUGUUCCGGUUGUACCUGAGUUCAAAUCAAUGGCACAAGUCAUGUAUAAAUCCAAGUCUGCUAACAUGAUGCCGAGGACUAUUGGUGGUUAUGAUCCAUGCCUUGAUAAUUAUGCAACAGUGUUCUACAAUAGAGCUGAUGUUCAGAAGGCCCUGCAUGUUAGUGAUGGCCGUCAACUAAAGAAAUGGAGCAUAUGCAAUGAUACAAUAUUCAACAAUUGGCCAGAUUCAAGACCUUCAGUUCUUCCCAUAUAUAAGAAGCUUAUUGAAGCAGGGCUCAGAAUUUGGGUUUACAGUGGAGAUACGGAUGGGAGAGUUCCAGUAUUGUCAACAAGAUACAGUUUAGAUACUCUGGGUCUACCAAUCACUAAGCCGUGGAGACCUUGGUAUCACCAGAAACAGGUAAGCGGGUGGGUGCAAGAAUACAAGGGAGUAACGUUCGCAACAUUUAGGGAAGCUGGACAUGCAGUGCCAUUAUUCAAGCCCAGCGAGUCUUUGGCUUUCUUUUCUUACUUCCUCUCUGGAGUAUCUCCACCUUCAAAACCCUUUUGAUGAAGUUAGUAACUAGACAUAUAGCAUGUAAAAUGACGUGUUUAUUACCAUUGAUCACUUUGCAUCAGUUUUGAGUGAACCUAAUUGCGAUUUAUUAUCAAAACUGUCAUAAAAUGUAUGAUAAUAUAUAUAAUUAAUAUGGGGAUGUUAUAAAUA